AUGUUAAUGAAACCUUUGCUUUUAAAGUGCGUCAUUUGUUUGCUUUUCAACGUGAUUGUUCUUGAGACAACCUUUUAUGUCCUUGAGAAAGAUCAUAUCUGUUAUAUUAAGAUUGUGCAGAGGCAACAUUCAGCCUCUGCAAAUUCUGAGAGUUCUUACAGUGGGAGUACAGAUGAGAGUUCUUAUAGUGGGAGUUCAGAUGAGAGUUCAGAGGAGAGUACACGCAUCAUACCUGAUCCACCCAUGUCAUGGUAUCCUCCAGGUAGCUUGCCUAGUACAUCAUCGAGUACUGGUUCGACACAUGACACUACUGCCGGUCAUAGUUCGAGAGGCCCAACACUCAUGCAUGGUAGUGAUUGGAACCCAAGUGGUGGCAUUUUACAUAUUGUGCCUAAUGAGUUGAACCAAGUGGUUGACGGGUAUACACCCUUGGCUUCUCGUUUGGGUGUUUUAGCUCGAGAUGGGAACCUUAUGCCCCUCACUUAUAGAACUUGGAGCCAUGUACCGAAGGAAAACAAAGAGAGAAUUUGGAGAGAAGUAAAGAUGGUGAGAAUCUCUCUAUCCUUGUUGGACCUUCUUUAUUUUAUUGCUUUAAGGAUUAUCGAUGAUGUAGAAACCCAGGGACAGUUUCCUCCACGAGGAUAA